GGAAUGCUCUCUGGAGAAGAGAGAGACCCAAAGGAACAGAAAAUAUGGAUUUUCUGUCCCACAAGUAUGAAGAUCAUAGUCAGCCUGACAGCAUCCCCUUUUCCUUCUGUUUUUUUUAUUUCCAGGUCCUUGGCAAUUGGUCACCAAUAUUCAUCCUUGGGGACUCAGCCCAUCCUCUGCGGGAGCAUCCCAGGACUGGUCCCCAAGCAGCUGCGCUUUUGUCGGAACUAUGUGGAGAUCAUGCCCAGCGUGGCAGAAGGGGUGAAGAUCGGGAUCCAGGAGUGCCAGCACCAGUUUCGAGGGAGGAGGUGGAACUGCACAACCGUCAAUGACAGCUUAGCCAUCUUUGGGCCCGUGCUGGAUAAAGCUACCAGGGAAUCAGCCUUUGUCCAUGCCAUUGCCUCUGCUGGAGUAGCUUUCGCAGUGACCAGAUCCUGUGCCGAAGGCUCGGCCACCAUCUGCGGCUGUGACACUCGCCAUAAAGGCUCUCCUGGAGAAGGCUGGAAAUGGGGAGGCUGCAGCGAGGACGUGGAGUUUGGGAGCAUGGUGUCUCGGGAGUUUGCUGAUGCCCGGGAGAACAGACCAGACGCUCGGUCAGCCAUGAACAGGCACAACAAUGAAGCUGGAAGGACCUCCAUUAUAGAGCUCAUGCACCUUAAGUGCAAAUGUCACGGCCUCUCAGGCAGCUGUGAAGUGAAGACCUGCUGGUGGUCUCAGCCGGACUUCAGGGUCAUCGGUGACUAUCUCAAGGACAAGUACGAUAGCGCUUCCGAAAUGGUAGUGGAAAAACACCGGGAAUCCCGUGGCUGGGUUGAGACCCUCAGGCCCAAAUACAACUUCUUCAAGGCUCCCACUGAGAAAGACCUGGUUUACUACGAGAACUCGCCAAACUUUUGUGAACCCAACCCUGAGACAGGUUCUUUCGGGACCCGUGACAGGAUCUGUAACGUCACUUCCCAUGGGAUUGAUGGAUGCGACCUUUUGUGCUGCGGCCGCGGGCACAACACAAGGACUGAGAAACGGAAAGAGAAGUGCCACUGCAUCUUCCACUGGUGCUGCUAUGUUCGCUGCCAGGAGUGCAUACGAGUCUAUGACGUCCACACAUGCAAAUAAAGCAGGAGAAAUCCUUCCCUGGGCUCCAAGUGGAGGAACAGAUUUGAGCCUACUUCCUCUGAGGUUGCAGACGUGAGAGAAGUCUACUUUUUGAUAUUAAAGAAUAAUAAAAUAAAAAAAAAAAAGGCUAAAACUGGUUGGAUAGAAUAGGUCUAAUGACUUCUGGGCUAUCCCAAGGUACAUCUGGCAGCCAUAAGGGUAUGCCCCUAUUAUGCCUCCUGUAGGAGACAGCAGUUUCUUCAACUAGCUGAUAAUACACAGCUAGAAAGAAGAGUAUCAGCAAGAGCAUGGAUUUGCUCUGCUGUCACCCACCUGAAGUGACUCGUGUGAUUAAGUGUCCUUUGAAAGACUUGCAUCUUCCUAAAAUCAAAUUCUCCUUUUCCCUCAGCUAGGGAGAGGUUAUGUUGGACGACAGCACUAAGCUUUCUGAGAUCUAUCUACUUACCCAAAUGGCCAGAUUCUAUGUAUAAUAUGAGCAACAACAAGAGCAAAAGAAAUACAAGCAGAUAAAUUAAUGA